AUGAACAACUUUGAAUUAUUAUGUAAAUGGGGAUGUGAUGGAAGCAGUAGUCAAGCUCGUUACAAGCAAAUUACGUCUAGUAAUUUCAAUGAUUCCGAUAUUUUUAUGUUUUCACUAGUGCCAUUACAGCUAAGGUGUACAAAGAUUAACAAUCCUAAAACGAUAUUGUUAUGGAAAAAUCCUCGUCCAUCUUCAACUCGUUACGGUCGUCCAAUAAAAUUUGAAUAUAAAAAGAAAACUAUUGAGUCGACAUUAGAAGAGGUAAAUGCUGUCGAAGAAGAAAUUAAGUCAUUGAUUCCAACUUUAGUUUUUAAAAAUAAUAUUGAAAUUCGUGUUAAAAGCACAUUAAUGUUCACUAUGGUAGACGGAAAAAUUUGCAAUACAAUGACUGGUUCAUCAAGCCAAAAGUGCUAUAUUUGUAAGUGUUCUCCAAAAUACAUGAAUGAUAUAACCAGGGCGAAAAAUUUAAGUGUACAGCCUGAGCAUUUAAAAUUUGGACUCUCAACGCUUCAUGCGUACAUACGAUUUUUUGAAUGCUUAAUACAGAUUUCAUAUAGAUUGGAGUUCAAAAAAUGGCAGAUUAGUACAAUAAGUUCGGACAUCUGA